ACGCCGCACCUGAUAACACCAUUGCGCCCGUCUUUUUUUUUUUUCCUCCCAGGCGGCACGCCCCUCUCUUCUCCUUCCCCACCCCCGUCCGUCAAAGCGAGAGCACCGUAUCACCGGCCUGCCUUUCCCUUCCCCCCCUCCGAUCCGCGCCCAAAGAUACCUUUUCUCCCUCGCUCGCGCCGCCGUUUUGCGACCAUGGCGGCGGAGGGGGAGGUCAAGAACCCGUCAGGCGGCGGGGAUAAUCCCCAGGAAGCGGCGGUGGUGGCGGCGGCGGGGGAGGAAGCGGUGCAGGAGGCCGGAUUACAAGGGACCGACCAAGAACCGGAAGGGGAGAAGGCGGAUGGAGAGGGGAAGGAGGGCAGCAGCGGCGCGGGGGAGAAGGAGGACGGCGCGUGCAGAGAUCUGGUCCUGGUCGAGGAUCCGGAGGUGGUCGCCGUCGAGGAUCCGGAGGAAGCCGCAGCGGCCGCAGCACUUCAGGAAGAAAUGAAAGCACUUGUGGCAUCGAUCCCUGAUGGUGCUGGGGCUGCAUUCACUGCAAUGCAACUUCAGGAGCUAGAGCAGCAGUCCCGGGUGUAUCAGUACAUGGCUGCCCGUGUACCUGUGCCUACCCAUCUCGUCUUCCCCAUAUGGAAGAGUGUGACUGGUGCAUCCUCUGAAGGCGCCCAGAAGUACCCUACAUUGAUGGGCUUGGCAACACUCUGCUUGGACUUUGGGAAGAACACAGAACCGGAACCAGGGAGGUGCCGGCGAACAGAUGGGAAAAAGUGGCGAUGCUGGAGAAGUACUAUCCCAAAUGAGAAAUACUGUGAACGCCAUAUGCAUCGUGGUCGCAAGCGUCCUGUACAGCUUGUUGUCGAGGACGAUGAGCCUGAUUCUGCAUCAGGAUCAAAACCCACAUCUGGCAAGGUCACCGAAGGUGCCAAGAAGACUGAUGACAAGACCUCAAGUAACAAGAAGCUUGCAGUGGCAGCACCAGCUGCUGUGGAGUCGACAUGAUUGAUGCAGCGAUAGUAGUUGCAGAAAGAGCAUAACAGCGCUGGCAACUAGUGUUUGCUUCUUAUUGUAAACCUCCAAAGACUGUAGUGUGGUCUUAGCUAUAACCUCAUUAAGCAAGGAAAAUGGCUCUGGAAGGAAGCCACAAAAACAUCCCUUAGCUAUCACUGAAAUUUUCAUUUUAGGUGUAUAGUUUGAUUUAGCUUUGUCGUGCCUUCGGCCUUCAGGUAGGCAAUGCGGCAUGAUUUGAUAAAUCCUCCCUCACUGACAGUAUCGCAUUGUGACCCAAGAAAGCCGAUGGAAGAGUCUGUGAGACUAGAUACUAAGCUGUUUGAUGUGUAUCUUUAUUGGCCAGCACAAUUAUGUGAUUUGUCAGUUGUAUAACCAGUGGAAGAUCCAUAAUUUUAUGCCUUGUGGAGAUUCAGCUGCC